CAGCAACAGUUUUACAAACAGCAGCCUGCACAUGUACGACCUGCAAGAGAUUCCCGCCAGUAGGAAGUAUGUCGUUGAAGGUGAUGGUCGACUGCUCGAAGUGCAAGCUAUCGGUAGCAUCAAUCUUAGUUUCUUUCAGGAGGAUGAGAAUGGUGAAAAAACGACGAUGUGUGUAAAGCUCACUGACGUGUCUAUAGUAGAGGGCCUAAGCUUCAACUUGUUUUCCACGCAUGCUGUUUCUCGAAAGCAACAAAUCCUGCACGACGAGCGUGGUGCAACCCUUCAAAAUGGACUGCUCUUUGCUAGGGAGGAAAAAGCGUCUGCAGCAUAUGCCAUGCGGUUACCAUACGACCCAUCUGCGACUAUAGUAGACUCUGCUGCUUUGCCUGCAUUCGUGACUGCCCCCGAUUCCGCCCCCGCCGUUGGCUCCACGCGUUCCCCUUCCCAAAAAGGGGGCUCCGCGGAAUCAUUGGUGUCCGUGUUGCGUGUUCCUUCCGCAGGCUCUGCUACCGUAGUACCUUCGAGUGAGAGCGUCCCGCCCACUGGUCCCACCAGUGUAGUACCUGCGAGUGAGAGCGUCCCGCCCGCCGGCUCUGCCGACGUAGUACCUUCUUCGGCUUCCGAGUUUGUGUGUGUGGGUACUUUUCCUGGUAUGGAUCUAGGAGAUACGAGUGUGCUCACCGACGAGCAGCUCAUGGAUGGCUAUGAUGACACCCCACAUCAAGAUUUUUUCCCCGUAUUUAUCCCAGAGAGUGACGCUGCGAAUGUGGCUGGUGUUUUGGAUAGCAUUGACGGAGGUUCUGAUUUUGACUUGGGUGCGGCCGCGCUUGGCCCUGGUGCGUCCCCGUUCACUCUUGGAUCGACCGAAAAGUCCGUUGACAUCAACCGCUUCCACCGCUCCCUUGCCCACGCUUGCGAGCCUCUUUUGAGAGAAACUGCCCAGCAGAGAGGCAUCGUGCUCACCGGCAAGCUGGAACCGUGCACGGACUGCAUGAAGGCGAAGGGCAGGCGAGCGUCGGUGCCGCGGGGGCCGGGAGCGAGGGCGUCCAAGCCUCUCGGGCGUGUUCACCUGGACCUGUGUGGACCGCUGGUGCCUUCCCUGGGCGGCAACCUCUACCUGUUCGUCGCCGUGGACAGCGCCUCGCGGUGGAACAAAGUCUACGGUCUCCGGCGGAAGUCCGACGCGCUGGCGGCAACGAAAAGGCUGCUGGCGGACGUGGGGCGGUACGACCUCGGACGAAUCGAAUGUUUCCGCGUCGACAACGGCACAGAGUGGACCCGCGGCGAUUUCCGGCGCUUCUGCGACGACAACGGCAUCGGCGUCGAGUUCACCCCGCCCGGCGUCCCGCAGUACAACGGCGUCGUCGAGAGCGCCAUCUGGCGGAUCAUGAAGGCCGGCAUGGCCGCCCGCCGCAGCGCUGGCCGUGUGUUCCACGUCGACUUCGCCUCCAUCCCCGGCCUCGACGAGCGUGGUGACCGUCUUUGGAUGGAAUCGGCGAAGUGGGCCGCCGACGCUCUCAACCAGUCGGCGACCAAGGCCAACCCCGGGCGGCGCUCGCCGCACGAGAUGUUCACCGGCGAGCAGGGGCCGUUCCGCGUGCUGCCGUUCUUCCAGCCCGGCUUCAUGCGCGAGGACCGCCGCACCAAGCUCGACGACCAGGCCACGCUCUGUUACUACCUGAACGGCGGCGACAACCACCCGAGCGGCACCGUCAAGGUCCUCAAGGCGUCCACCGGCCGCGUCGUCUACACCAACAACGUGUCGUGGGUGACGUCGGCGCCAGCCGGCGAGGGGGGUUCCGCUGGUAUCACCGCUGCGCCGACACCCCCCCCGUUCACGCCGCCGGUCGUCUCGAUCAACUUUGGCCCAGCACCGACGCCUUCGACCGCCACACCGCCACCGCCAGCGCCCACGCCGUCGCCCGCUCCCGCUCCCGCUGCCUCUUCGACCCCUGCCGCAACGCCGCCGCCAGCGACCACGCCGCCGCCCGCUCCCACGACUUCACAGCCGCCCUCUGCCACUUCGCCGUCACCGUCGGCGACCCCCGCUCCUGGCAAUCCGUCCUCUGCCUCUCCGCCGUCACCGUCGGCGACCCCCGAUCCAGACCAGCCGCCGCCGCCGCCGGACCCCGCGAUGCCCCCGCUUACGGCUCACGCCAUGCGGCAGCUUCGCCCGGGUACAAAGGCCGAGGGUAUGACAGACCCGCGGCUGCCAAGCCGUACGAGAUCGGGCACGAGGCACAGCACAGGACUCAUCUCGAUGCUAGACAGGAACACUCUGGUGUCGAUGCUGGAGGCUCGGAGCGCGGUGGAUAAGGAGCGCAGGGAGCUGGGGGGGGCGGAGGCCGGAGAGCCGGGGGGAACGGGGGCCGGAGAGCAGGCGGGAGCACUCGCAGCAGUGGACCCGGGAGCUGCAGGAGCGGGCUUUCCACUCGCAUUUGCCACGCUCCUCGCCAACCGGGAAGACAUCGACGCCACGCUGCGAGACCAGCGCCCGCCGGAGCAACGCCCUGACCUUCCGCAUUGCCAGGCCAGCGACCUUCGUGUCCCCAAGAGCUACAAAGAGGCCAUGGCGUCGGAGCACCGGCACCUUUGGAGCGACUCGAUGCAAAGGGAGCUUUAUGGCUUGUUGGAAGCGGGGACUUUUACUCCGGCGAAGAUGUUGGCUGCUUUGGCGUGCGAGUUGAACCUCGACAUGCGUCAUUUCGAUAUUGAGCAAGUUUUUGUGCGUUCGGAGUUGGAGGAAGACGUGUACAUGUGGUUGCCGCAGGGAUGUGGAGCUCUAUCUGGAAUGAUUGUAAAACUAGGCAAGAGUCUGUAUGGCUUGAGACAGGCAUCUAGGCAGUGGCAUGCAAUGCUGAAGAGGUGUUUGGUGGCGUUAGGAUUUGAGCAGUGCAUGGCCGAUGCUUGUGUGUUUCGUUUGAUUGAGGAUGGAUGUGUUGUUUUGAUUUUGGUUGUACAUGUAGAUGACAUCUUUGCUGUUGGAGAGAGGGAGAGAUGUGAUAAGUUUGGCGCUGACCUUAACAAGUCCGUGCCAGUGAAGAACCUGGGAGAGUUGAGAUGGUAUUCUGGGUGCUUUUACGAGAGGAAAAAGGAGACCGGUAGGUUGACGAUUUCUCAGCAGACUUUCACGGACGAGCUAGCAGCAGAAUAUGGAGUAGUGGGAGGUAUUGCGCAUCUUCGAAGCUGGUACACUGGAUACGCUGAUGCGGACUUUGCAAGCAAGGCAGCAGACCGUAGGUCGGUAUCAAGGGGGAUCGUGACGUUUGGAGGAGGCGCUGUGUCUUGGUUUUCCAGAACGCAAAAGUGCGUCACGCUUUCGACGACAGAAGCAGAGUACGUCGCGCUAGGCGACGUAGUGAAGGAGAUUUUGUUUUUGAGGCAGAUUUGGCGUUUCAUGUUGCCGCAGGUCGGCAUGCCGUGCCUCCCCGUCUUUGAGGACAACCAGGGGGCGAUUCAACUAGCGCAGAACCCCAUCUCAAACUCGAACUCGAAGCACAUAGAUGUAAGGCACCAUUUUAUCAGACUUCCUUACGAAGAGUUUGUCGAAGGAUGCUUUCGAGUCUCACCGUGAUUUUGUGAUGAAUUUGGCAUAAACAUUUUAUUGUUUUUCUGAUAGGUUGUGUUUUGGUUUUGUUUUGCUUCUCGUUUUGUUUCCCGUUUUCUUUCAUUUCCCGCGCCAAGUAUUUGUUACGCGCGAUGCAGCAUUGAUAUUCCUUUGAAUUGUUUUUCUCUCGCUUAUGUUAUUCUGGUAAAGUCUUGGUGGCAUAUCGUCUGGGAAAGACGUCUUUUGGUUGAGAUAUCGGGUGUUAGCGAAGUUUUCAGUGAGAGACUGUUGCGAGCAGGGGGGAUGUUAGAUAUACUCGCAGCAGUAUCUGGUCGUGAGGAUCCCAGGGGAUACGUGUUGGGAAUUUCGUGUGUAGUAGGGUACCACCGGUGCAGUCACGGAGAUCCUUUUGGCGUGGUUGGUGCGAUGGAGCUUGCGUGCGUGCUGCGCCCUUCUUCCCUCUCUCUCUCCACCACCACC